UCUCCUCUCUCUCUCCUUUAUAUACCAUACGUAUAUAGAGCGAGAAAAAAACAAGAGGAGAGAAGAUAAAAAAAGAAUCCGGACACACAGAGUUCAAAGACUUUAAGAUGAUGAUGAUGGAGGAUCAUUAGGUCUUCGUUUUCCCGAUAUUUAUUUUCUCUCAACAAGGUAAUCGAAAAACGACAUGGCUGUUCAAGCUCAACACCCUUCGAAUGGCCUCUUCCCCAACAGAAACGGGCAAGAGGGACAUGGUUUCUCAUUGCAGCCUCAACAGGGAGAGUUUCUCGAUCAAACCCACAUGCUGCUCAACAAUGGAGGUUCUAAUCCGGGAAAACGAGGAGUUGAAUCGACGGCUCCUCAGGUGAACAGUUACCAUUUUUCUCAGUCUCCUCAAGUUAUAGGUCUCUCUCUCUUGCACAGCCAACAUUAUCACCGGCCACCGGCCCCGGCGUCGGCGCCGAACAUCGUUUCCACCGGUCUCCGAUUAUCCUCUGGCGAAGACCAGCCGCAGAAUUUUAAUGGUCGGCUUCGGCAGCAAUACCGAUGCGAGAAUCAGAAUCUUGUCUCGAGUUCUUCUUCUGGGGUAUUGUCUGUGUUAUAUGAAGAUUUCGAUGCUCAGAUCAGCCGGCAGCGCGAAGAAAUCGACGAAUUUCUUCAUGCCCAGGCGGAGGGCCUGAGGCGCACGUUAGCAAAUAAGAGGCAGAGGCACUACAGUGCGCUCCUACGCGCGGUGGAGGAGCCCUUGGCGAGGAAGCUGAGGGAGAAGGAGGCGGAGGUUGAAAGUGCCACGCGCCGCCGGGAGGGGCUGGAGGCUCGUGCUGCUCAGCUGACGGCGGAGGCGCAGGCGUGGCAGGCGAGAGCCCGGGCCCACGAAGCGGCUGGUUUGCCGGAGAAGAGCAGCGACGGUGGUGCUUUUGCCGUGUCGGCAUCUGAGCCUCUGCCCGGAAUGUGA